UUGAUCGCCGGUUCGAGUUGCUCAUUACUAGUCUAAAAUCGAAGGGAUUCAGAGGUGUGGCGAGUGAAAAAUUAAAAUGUGGAAAAGUUCAAGUAGUUCGCUAGCGGCUGUGCUUGCCGUUGGCUUUUUGGUGUCGCUGGUCAGUGCGCAGAAUCCCUGUGCCAACCAGCCCGAUGGACGAUUCGUCAACGACUUCACAGCUUGCGAGGCGUUUUACACAUGCGUCCGCAACAUGCCGGUUCCGGGCCGGUGUGAGCCGGCAUUCUUCUUCAACGAGGAACGCCAGAUGUGCGAUCACCCGUGGAACGUCAUUUGUCUGCUUUGCACGGGACCUGAUACUACACCAGAAGAACCGGUUGAUCUGGAGGAGCCACCUCUAGCUGCACGAUCGAUCAGCCGGAACCUGGAAGGUGUAGAGUUCUUCCCGAUUGAAAACGAGUGCGCCAAGUACACCCUCUGCAUCAACGGCCGGGGUCAUCUGCAGAUGUGCGGUGAGAACCUGCUGUUCGACAGAACCCUGAAACAGUGCGUACCUGCAGAAACGGCAGACUGUGAGCAGAGCGUCUGCCGGAACCAUUUCAAUCCCAACAUUCCACAAGCGGUUCCCGAUCCGGAUGACUGCGCCAGUUACUUCAUGUGCUUCGGUGGGCAGAUUGUUCAGGAGUCUACCCGAUGUGCCGGAGAUCUGCUGUUCGAUCCAGUCCUGCUCCGCUGUAACUUCCCCGAUGAUGUGGAGUGUGAAACCGAUGUGCGUCCGCCGUCCAUACUCGAGUGUAACCCCACCGGGCUGCACAACAUUCCGUCGUUAGACUCCUGCUCGGAGCACUUCAUCUGCAGCGACGGUACUAAACUGGGGCCGGUUUCGUGCGCGGCCGGUCUAAUCUUCGAUAUCAACACUAUGAGGUGCCAGCGGGAGGAUCUCGAGGGAGUGGAGUGUAUAAUUCCGUCGGAUACACCACCUGUGAGACUGUAGAUCGUUAUGUAAGGAUUUAUUAUUAUUAUCAAUAUCGAAUAAAGAGUACCUUUGCAUGUAAAAAAA